CGCUUUGCGUCACUGUCAUUAAGAACGUACAGUAAUCUAGGUUAUGUUCUAUUUAGUCUUCUGCUGAAGGUCUUCUACUUUAAAUAAUGCUUCUACAUUACACAACAUUAAGUAAAAAUGUAGUGAAUAAGUGUAACUAUUGAUUGAAAAUGAGUAACGAAGAGAGACUGGUAACAGAGGUGCCUAGCAGCCUAAAGCAGCUCGCAAGGUUAGUCGUUCGUGGUUUCUACACAAUCGAAGAUGCCCUAAUAGUGGAUAUGUUGGUCCGAAACCCCUGUAUGAAAGAAGACGACAUCUGCGAACUGCUAAAAUUCGAGCGGAAAAUGCUGCGAGCUCGCAUUGCAACUCUAAAAAGCGACAAAUUCAUCCAAGUAAGACUGCGAAUGGAAACUGGGGCAGAUAGUAAAGCUCAAAAAGUAAACUAUUAUUUUAUUAAUUACAAAACCUUCGUGAACGUAGUGAAAUACAAAUUAGAUUUAAUGAGAAAACGCCUGGAAACCGAGGAACGCGACGCCACAAGCCGAGCUAGUUUCAAGUGUCCAGGAUGUCUGAAAACAUUCACUGAUCUGGAAGCUGACCAAUUAUUCGAUUAUACAACUAGUGAAUUUCGUUGCACCUACUGCAGGGAAGUUGUUGAGGAGGACUUGUCAGCGCUCCCCAAAAAAGAUUCUCGGUUGCUUCUGGCGAAAUUUAACGAACAACUGGAACCUCUUUAUGUUUUGUUGCGAGAAGUGGAAGGAAUUAAAUUGGCGCCGGAAGUCCUGGAGCCUGAACCAGUUGAUAUUAGUACUAUUAGAGGAAUCGACAAGAAGUAUGCAGCACAACCUCAAGAAAAUUGGUCAGGCGAAGCAACCCGGAACUCUGGGUUUAUGGUGGAAGAAACGCGGGUUGAUGUUACUAUUGGAGAUGAGAAUAACACCGUUGCUGCCAAUGCAAGAAAAGAAGCGCCAAUUUGGAUGAUGGAGUCUACUGUUAUUACGAAAGAUUCUGAGCUGGAUUCGAGCAAGACUGCAGAUUCUAUUAUUGACGCAAGUAAUGAGGGUACUGGUAAUAAUGGCAAGACUGAUGAUAUAAUGAGUGUGUUGUUGGCUCAUGAAAAGAGACCAUCAAAUUUGGCUGCAAGUGCUGUUAAAGGUCUGAAUAAUGAAUCUGACUCAAGUUCUGAUGAAAUGACUGAAGUGAAAGAGGAAGCUGGUGAAAUUGAAAAUUCAGAGAGUGAUGAAGAUGAAGGAAUUGUGCCUACUGUUACUGUUGGAAACAGAGUUUAUAACAUUACGGACAUUAAUGAUACGAUUAUUGCUGAAAUGACUCAAUCUGAGAAGGAAAUUUAUGUUCAGGUGUUUCAAGAUUACUAUUCACAUAUGAACUACUAGGUAAUAUUUAUUUUUGUGUAAUUUGAUAUACAAAUGAGUACCUUAAUCUAUUUUUAUAAUGAUACAAAAGUACUUUAUUAUCCUAGAAGCUAACUUCAUAUUUGUUCCAUUGAAAGCGUUGUUUACAUUGAAUUGACGUUACUUGAUAAAAUUAAGAUCCUGUACAAUACUUGAAGUUAUACUGAUUUAAUAAAUAAGUGUGAAUUUCACAUUCUACCAUCGUAAA